UGCACACACUGGCACACACAUUCCUUUUCCUUCCACCAUGAAGGAAACGCCGCGUAUGGCGCGCACUUUUUGUCAGCGAGUGUACGUGCGUAAAAACGUUUGGUCUGUUUGAUCGUCCUACUCCUGACCUGAGUUUGAAUCGUUGCUCACAAUUUGCGUCUUUUGCUGCUGCUUCCCAUUUAUCCCGCGGCAUGUUCCGAUGUAACGGAAAUCACUGUUAAUGAUCCUGAUGUAGAACGAUUGAGAAAAAUUCAGGGACGCGCACGAUUCGCCAAAAGAGGAUCGGACGACGAGGGCAAGGUCGGUAAGAUGCGUCGCGCCGAACGCGUUGCUGUCAAUCUGUGAAUUCGUUCGACGCAGUUUGCUCUAACCUUUCACGCCUUCGGCGGAGACGUCGCGGGACGCCCUGUUCAGAUCCUGAUUCCUGACUCCAAGUCUCACCCUGCGUUCUCGCAAGGUGGACCCUCUCGUGAGUCGUAACGGCGAUCAUGUCCGACAAAUUGGCCGAGUCUGUGGAGGACGACAAUUCCGUCACGAUGCUCGACGUUCUCCAGGUUGAAAGCCAGCUCGAGGAAGAUGCAUACGCCGUUUUGGGCGCGUCCGACGACCAAAAUUGUACUUAUAGCAAGGGGUACAUAAGACAAGCUCUGUAUGCGUGCAAAACGUGCUGUUCGGAUAAAAUUCGUGCUGCUGUUUGUCUGGCAUGUAGUUUUCACUGUCACGAGAAUCACGAACUUGUGGAGCUGUAUACAAAGCGACACUUCAGAUGUGACUGUGGAAAUACCAAAUUUAAUGGCAAACAAUGUAAUCUGGAGAAGCUAAAAUCUACUAUUAAUACUGAGAAUAAAUACAAUCAGAAUUUUGAUGGUGUUUAUUGUACCUGUGCAAGACCGUAUCCCGAUCCGGAAGGUGAUGAGGAUGACAUGCUGCAGUGUAUAAUAUGCGAGGAUUGGUAUCAUUUAAAGCACCUGGAAUGCGACAACAGUGUACCAGCAGAUAAUGCAUAUGAUGAAAUGAUCUGUGCAAGCUGUAUGAGGGAACAUGACUUUCUGUGGAAAUAUGCAACAAAACAUGCAGUCCUAAAGAAAACGGAUACAAAAUCGAGUGUAUCUGAGAAAAAUGAAGAGAUAAACGUCAGUGAGUUGCCGAAAGGAUGUCAAAUGCCAAAAGUUAACUGUGCAGAUACCAAGGGAAGCUGUUUUUGGAUAGAGGGUUGGAGAACUGCAUUAUGCACUUGUGACGAAUGCAAAUCUUUAUAUAAUGCAAAAGACAUUGCAUUUCUACUCGAUCCGAAAGAUAGUGUGCAAGCAUAUGAGGAAGCAGGCAAAAUGAAUAAACGUGAAUCUCAAUACGAAAAAGGCAUGAAGGCUCUGGCCAGUAUGGGGCACGUACAAAAAUUGACGGCGAUUGAAGAGUACAACAAUAUGAAAGAACGACUCAUGCAAUAUUUACAAAAAUUUGCUGAAAACAAGAAAGUCGUACGCGAAGAAGACAUUAAAGAAUUCUUUUCGGAAAUGGAAUCCAAGAAACGUCCUAAAGUAACAGUGCCAACAUAUUGUCGUUGAAAACUUGUACUUUGCCCCCUCCUUUUCCUCCUCUCAUAGUUAACAAUGAUUCAAAUAAAAUUUAAAAAAACAUUUUAUUAUGGCAGGUUAUCGUAUAUAUCUUGAUUUUUAAGAGUUUUAUAUUUAAUAUUUGAUCGGUACACAUGUCGGAGUCUCAAUACAAACUUCUUUAUAGAAUUACAGGAGAAGAUGAAAAGGUAAAGAGAACGUAAUUUACAGAUAUAAAUUUUGUCAAAGAAGAGUAUUGAUUAAAAGAAGAUUCGCGAUUUCUUUGCAUGUAUGAUAUUUGAUCUCUAAUUCGAUCUAAUUACGAAUAAAUUUUUUAUAGAAAAAUUUAACGAA